GAGGUGUUCACCCUCGACGAGUACCAGUUCCGCGUGCGGAACUGCAACGGUUUCACGGUCUUCUACGUCCAGGAGGAGGUGGUGAACUUUGCCAAGGCGUCCGAUGUCGAGAAUCCGUACGCCACAACCACGGAGUAUUGGUAUCAGUACAAGGUGCUCCAUGCCAACCGCACGGAGCUGGUUGUCAGCGACCAGGUCCAGACUGCUUUCAGCUCUGUGAGCUUCUAUGAGGUGCAGUCGGGCACGGAGACGGGUGCAGUCGUGGCCACUGCGACCAGGACAGGAUAUUUCGCACCCUACGAUUGGACGAAGUGCGUACCGUCUGACUGGACGCGGGAGUGGGCCGUCGUGUUCGACCUAAACUCCACCAUUAACGACAUUCCGGUCGGAGACCAAGGCACAGCCAGCGACAUCAGGAUCGC